ACGACCCCAAGAUCAAGAGCCAUAUGCUCCAUUGAUUGUCAGGCACCCCUUGUGAAAUGAUUUCUAAUAUUUUUCUAUUUUUGACACUCAAGGGCCCAAACUGCCAUGAAAUGGAUAGCCCGGAAAUUGCCACUGAAAAAAGGAUCAGAAGAUACUAGCUUAGGAGUGGCGACACUAGUGCCCAUCCAGGCUGCUCAACUGUCUGCUGGGGUUGAACCAGUUUGUAAAAGUUAUCAGUUCCUGGGACCUGAAGGAAAUGUGGAUAUUGAGUUGAUUGAUAAGUCUGCAAACAGAUACAGCGCCCACUUUCCUGCGGCUGGCUUCUAUCUGUGGCCAGCGGUAGGCCUUGGCUUCUUGGUAACAGCAGCAGUGACUGUGAAGAUUGCUUUUGAUUCUUGGAAUCAACGCCUGGGCCUGACAUUACAGCACCAGGAGCAGUGGAUGGCGGCAGGGCCUUUGUUUGAGAUCUCUGUGGAGCCUGAGGGGGUCAUUGCUGAAAUCCACCUCCCCCACAUCGUCUCCCUCCCAGCAAAUGAGGUCGAUGUCUCUUGGUUCCAAGUCGCCCAUUUUAAGGAUGAAGGAAUGGUCCUAGAACCGCCAAGCCGAGUGGAGCCUUUCUAUGCCGUGCUGGAAAACCCCAGCUUCUCUCUGAUGGGGAUCCUGCUGAGAUUCGCCAGUGGGACAGGUGUUUCUGUCCCCAUCACGUCCUUGACACUGAUCUAUUAUCACUUCCACCCUGAAGAUAUUAAAUUUCACUUGUACCUCAUCCCCAGUGACCCCUUGUUAACGAAGGUAAGGCUGGAGAAGCUGUGAGAAUUACAUGGCAGUUUCUCACCUUGGACCUUCCAACUCUGUAUUAAACAGAAAAGUGAAGGCACAGCUUUCACUGAUAGAAGCAUGAAUCACCCUCCCUGAGGUCAUUCUGCAGGUGCUGCCUCUUGAGCCAUGUGCAAGGAUCUGCAAUAGGAAUUCUGUUCUUCUGAAAAUGGAGCUGCCUUCUCUGGGUUUUACGGAGAAGGAAAAUACGAGAUGAGACUUAUGGGGACUGGCAGAGAGUAAUGCAGAGAUUUCAUUGAGGAAUUUCAAAGUAAUAGGAUCUAAUUUAAAUACCCUCCCCAAACAUACACGAU